AUGGCUUGCCUAUCCAACAAUACUCUUCCUCAGCCUCCUCCAAACGAUGGCAGACACGACAAGUCAAAGACAAAUAUGCCGUCAAUGCAAAAGUACAAGGUUGCAGUAGACCGUACUUUUCCCAACGGAAGAGUGCUGGGUAUUGACAUUAUCCCCGCUCAACCACCCAAAGGUGUCUCGACCAUUCAAGGAAAUUUCCUCUCACCAGCUAUACAGGAGGAAGUAAAGAGGUUUCUGCGCGAAUCUGAUCGAGGACGGAUCAAACAGGAGCCAUCCUUUAUCGCAGAGGAGGGAGAAGACCAGAUGACGGAGGAAGAUCUUGAACAGAGCUCGAGGAGCUACCUCGAGCUUGAGAAGAGAGCCGACGUGGAAACCUCGAGCCAUGCUGUUUCAGCCGCGCAAAAAACAAGGGGAGGCAGGUCUGGGACUGGCAAGGUGGACAGCGGAAUGGUGGAUGUUGUGCUCAGCGAUAUGUCCGAACCCUGGGAGCAGACAGAAGGCUUUUGGAAGAGGAGUCUGAGUGACCCGUAUUAUAGGAUGAUGAAUACGAGCGGCGUGAGCUUCAGAGAUCAUGCCGGUAGUAUGGUAAAAGCAAUACCGACCUUGUACACUCUAGAAAGCUAA